AUGUUUGCGACGGCGGCGCGGUGGGCGGCGAAGAAGGGGAAGCCCAAGAUGGCGUCGAUCGAGCUGACGAUGGCGCCGGAGCAGGCGCAGUCCAUCACCCGCAGCAUCUUCGAUGUCGUCAAGGAGCAUGGCCCCCUCACCAUCUCCGACGUUUGGGAGCACGUCAAGGACGUAGGGCUGAGGGGUUUGACAAGCAAGAGGCAGAUGAAGAUCAUGCUGCGGUGGAUGAGGGAGAAGCAGAAGCUCAGGCUCAUCUGCGACCAUGACGGACCUCACAAACAGUUCCUCUACACGACAUGGUUCACCAACCCCAAGAAUGCGCCGCAGAGGCCCAAGAGGGAGCUCAACAAGGAGAAUCCCAAGCCAUGACCGCACUCAUGUUGACCAAUGUAGGGCAUAUUUGGUUUACACCUUUCUCCUGACUUUUUCCUUGAUCUGUAGACAAAAUUGUUAAUCAUAUUAUGGUGCUUAUAGCUGAAAUACUGUGAACGAUGCCACAUUGUGAAUUAUGCAUAAAUAAAUAACCCCAAACAGUUAUUUUUUUCUGCUGUAGUUCUGAUUUUGCCUUCUUUGGUGCUUCUUCCCGAAACUGGUGUUGGUCUUCUUAAGGACUUUGGCCUUGGCCUUCUCCAAUUGAAAUUAAUGUGGUUUUAACUGCUAUUAACUUUGGCAAGAACAUUACUUUAAAUGAUGGGGUUAUGUCUCAUUAUCACAUCUUUGACCAUUUGCAGGUCAUGUAUUCAGUAGAACAGCAUAAAAAGUAUAUAAUGUCUGAUGAAAAUCAUAGUAAUUACUAACUUCAAAAUAAUUUUCAGUAAUUAACACAUGUUAGUUUCCAGAGCUGCAAUGCCCUGUAUUGCAUUGCAAUUUCAGUAUAUAAAAGUUUGGUGGCAUAAACAACCUGCAAUAACAAGGACCCAAAACUAAUUUCCUAGUAUCAGUUUCAUAUACUCAAGCAUAUUCCUUCUACAUAUAUUCACAUGACCUUCCAAAUGCCUAGAUUAUUUGCAGAACGUUCUUUUUGUCAGAGUUGGUGUUUUUUCUGUCGACAGCUGGUUGUGAUAUUAUAUGUUAUCAAGAAGUAUCAACCCAGAAAUUGCACUGUCUUUGACAAGAGUAUUGAAGCCUGGAGUUAUUCCAGGAGAUGCAGCAGCUCAAUUCGUUUGGGGUCAGAAUCAAUGCGGUUGAUGCAGCCAAGGAAAAGAAGGGCAGAUAUCCUGAAGGAGGGUUCUAAUCCAGAUUAUGUGGCGGCUGAUGCUAGACCACCUGUGGUCAACAAAGAAAUGAGCAGUACAACUCUGUUUGGGGCCAAUUUCCCUUGUCAAUUCCCCCGAACCCCCACGGUGCG